GCGUUCACCGUGCUUCUCCUCGGACCAUCUUCUGCUCCAAUAUUAAUACCUCACGAACAAAGGCCGAAUCUGCGAACUGGUGAAUGACCGGUGGUAUGAUGUCUCGGCCUCGUCGGCACACGUUGUCCGAUGCCUUUUCGCAUAAGAGUGGAGAAUGACCCGAUAAGAACAUAUCCCUCUUGUCUCUUGCCUUUCUCGUCUAUGCUGACAGCACACAGUUGAGCUGCGUUAGCAACCAUCACGCUAGGAAAUAGAAGGACGUCAGGGAAGGCUCUAAGGCCGCUGCUUCCCCCGCAUGUCUGGUCGAGUCUUAAGGCCUGAGCACUCGGAACACGUUCCCCGUUCUUCCCCACUGCCCCACUCGUCCACACCCCGCUGUUCAGUCUUCCUGCUCACCAGUACCCCGCUCCUUCAACCAUUGCAAUAGCAAGAUGACCGCCAGUGCACACUCCCACAGCGGGCCUACAACCCCCCUACUCUCCGAGACAGCACUCGGCCCCGAGUCGAGCACACCGACGCCCACUACCCUCCUCACUCGAUGCUCCUCCCCCGUCCCCUCUCCACCCAAGAGCCGCACCCCCCUCCCCAAGUUCCAGCUCUUCAUCCUCUGCAUCGUCAUGCUCGCCGAACCGGUAAACUACACCCAAAUCUUUCCCUACGUCAACGACAUGUGCAUCCGUCUAGGCUACGCCAAAUCCGAAAAGGAGGUUGGCUUCAUCUCUGGAUUGAUCGAUUCCCUAUUCGCCAUCGUCCAGCUGUUCACCAUCAUCCACUGGGGCAGGCUCUCGGACUACAUAGGCCGGAAACCGGUGCUCAUCUCCGGCCUCUGCGGUGGAGCGUCCUGCACUCUGCUCUUUGGAUUCUCCCACAGUCUGUGGCUGACCAUCUUCGCUCGACUGCUGGGUGGUGCGUUGAGCGGGAAUCUGGUCGUGUGCCAGAGUAUUGUGAGUGAGAUAACGGACGAGACGAACGAGGCGCAAGCGUUCGCCCUCAUCUCUCUUAUGUGGGCAGUCGGAGUUAUAGUCGGCACCUCCGUAGGGGGCACCUUCUCACGUCCUGCAGAACAGUUCCCAAGGAUCUUCGACACCCCUUUCUGGCGUACGAACGCCUACCUCUUGCCUUGCCUCAUCGCAGCCUGCAUCAGCACCGUGGCGUGCCUCAGUGCCAUCACCUUCUUGCGCGAGACUCAUCCCCGCAAGCUUGCCGAACGCGCUGCCCGGCAGAAGCAGGUCCAGGCGGGGAAAGGCGUGCUUGGAACGGCCCUUUCUUAUGGUACGAUAUCCGAGCACGAGCCUACCGAAGUCGGUCCUCUCCGUCCAACGAUCUCCGAGCUAGAAGCGCAAGCCCACUCCCCUCCGACCAAGGACGCCCCUUUCUCCUACAUCCAGAUCCUGCGCUCUCCAGGCGUGGCAAAAGCCCUUGCAAGCAGCUUCCUGAUGAUGUUCAUCAACCAAGCCUGGGACGUCGUCUUCAUCCUCUGGGCAUACACCUCCAUCCGCCUAGGCGGGCUAAGCAUGUCCCCCCUCGAGCUGGGGUACUGCCUCGCCUCCGCGGGCGCUGUAGGCGCCUGUAUACAGAUGCUCGUCUUCCCCCGCGUGCAGCGCGCGACUGGACUGGUGCUCUACCCCUGGCUACUGGGGGUUGUAGCACUGCAGUUCAUAGGCGCGCCGGGACUGCAUUGGUGGGUCAGCUUGUGGGGGGUCGACAGGCCAAGAGGGGAGUUAGUGCCCAGCACGUAUGUGGGGGCGUUAAUAUUGUUAUGGCUAGGCAGAGUAGCAGCUAUGAUUUUCCCACUGAACUUCAUCGUCCUCAAACGUGUCGCUCCCUCCAAGUCCUCCGUCGCCUCUACCUACGGCUGCGCACAGGUGGUAAACGCCGGGGCUCGCGCCAUCUCCCCCUGGUUCGUAUCCUCCCUCUUUGCGAUCUCGGUGCAGCAUAACCUACUCGGAGGGGACCUGAUGUGGGCGGUCAUGUUGCUGCUUACUCUGGGGGCGGUAGGGUUUACGAGAGGGCUGCCCGGGUGGGUUACUGAGGCUGAGAGAGCGAGAGAGAAAAGGGAACUGGAUGAGCCUGUGCCGGUACCUGCUGGGGAGGUGUAG